AUGAAAAUAUUAAAUAUAAUGAAUAAUGAUAGAUCUUUGGAAAAAAUAAAAAUUGAAGAAAACUUACUAAAUUCAUGGGAUUCCUUAGGAAAUUUGACCCUUUCCGAUUAUUUCAAACGGUUUGACCAGUUUGCAAGUGUGUUUGAGGAGUAUGAAUCUGAUCUUGAAGAGUUUGAUUUAGGCGUUUUAGACCAUUUUUCUGCCUUUGAAGUGGUUGAAAAUGACCGUUUAAACAGGCUGAAGUUAUUUCUAAAGCUAUGCUUCGAUGUAAAAUAUUCUAACAAUAAUCGCAAAAUUUGUUAUAAAAUUGACGAAUCUCCCUUUUUUCAGGUUUUUCGUGAAAUUCUACUCUUCUUCCAUCAAGAUAAUGGUAAACUUAAUCAUCAAGUUGUUACUUGUGAAGAUUCCAGCUCAGUUAAUAAUUUGGAUGAAGAGGAACAAAAUACAUUUUUUGGUAAAAAUCUUACCGAGAUUAGGAUAAAGGUUAGCAGGGGUUUGAUGGAUAGUAUACUGCUUGGAUCUUGUGAAUUUCCAGCGAAAUCAAUCACUAAUCAGCUGAAAAAUGAUAUUAAAACGCUUUUGACUUUGAAACGAAUUAAAGAACUACAAAUUCCCCUCAACACUCUACAACUUUUACUACCCUUCAAUUCUCUCGAUAGUAUUCUCUAUCUAUACUCACUCAAUAUUAUUACCGAUGAGCUAUGUUGGACGCCGAGUAUCGAUGUGGAAUUUGUGACGUUGUUGAUGGAGUUUGGGUUUAUUCCAAUUGGAUACAGACUUGUGUUUCCAUCAUUUGAACGCGUAAUAAUACUGCCAAAGAUGCACCAGUUCCGAUGUUGUCUGGUUCCGACGGACAUUAAACUACCCAAAAAGGCCCUUAAACUCAAGGAUCAGCUCCUUAUCACAUUCAAUAAAGACUUCAAUCAAGUGAUGAACGGUAUAGUGAAUAAGUUUGGUGAGAACUGGUUAUACCCACCGAUACAACUUCUUUUCUCCCUUAUUCAUUUUUAUACCAAUUCUCAGCCUAAUGACACAGAGAACGCUAUUAAUAACAAUAACACUAAUAGCACUUCUGAAGUACUUAAUAAUAAUGUUAAAAUGGAGAAUAAAGAAGCUAGGAGUAAAUUAGUAUCAGUUGAGGUUUGGAAAGGCAAAGAGCUAAUCGCAGUUGUAAAUGGAUCAGUGUAUACUAGUUUAACGGGGUUCCAUAAUAUGAAUAACAGCGGGAAAUUUCAGUUAAUAGCUCUAGCGGCAAUAUUACACUUUAAUGGAUUUGAGUUAUGGGAUUUGGGGAUGCACUUGCCUUAUAAGACUGAGAUGGGCGCCAAGUGUAUUUCACGAACUCUAUUUAUCCGAGACCUAAAUCGCUAUAAAUUUAACGCUAGGAAUCUUGAGAUUCCGAAAAAAUACAAAAACGACGUAAACUCAACACAACUAAUUGAUGAUUUCACUAAAUUAAUUUUUUAA